CAGUUACAAGAUGGAUUGAAUAUUCUUUGAAUGCGUGAAGUAAGACAACUAUAAAAGCUGGGCGGAUUGCUUGAUUUAGCAUCAGAAGCCAUCAACAGCUCAAAGGAAGAAUCUAACGCAGUCCCUUUGUUGGAAGCAUAAGACAGAUACAAAUAUGAAGUUCGUCGUUGUCGCAAUCGUUCUUGCUGCCGUCUUUGGCGUUGAAUGCUCGGUCAUUAUUCCAGGCCUUUCCUAUACAGCAGUUAGCGGUCCAGGCAUUAUCGCUGCUGCCCCUGGUAUUGCUACAAUCCGAGGACCAGCUGUUGCUCCGCUUUCUGUUGCCAUUGCUUCUCCUGUUGUCGCACCGGCUGUAGUUGCACCUGUUGUUGCUGCCCAAGGAAGCUAUGUUGCCCAAACACGUGGAGCAGUUCAUGUCGCUCCAUUGGAGGGUCAUGCCAACUCAGCUGCCUCAAUCAACCUAGAAGCUGCCCCAGGAACAGUUUAAGGUCGCAUCUUUUCAAUUUCACUGGAAGUACAAAGGGUCUCCAUAUAACCGCGGUGAUGAAAAUGAUCAUGUUGUGUUCUUAUGAUAGUUUGUUACGAAAUAAAUGUUAAUGAAUCAAGCAACGUUA